UUAAUAAUUAAAACUAAUAAAAAUAUAUUUACAAAAUCAAAUACACGUAUUUAACUCAUCUAAUCCCAUUACCCCCAGCCACUUACCCACCCACACCAAGAAAUUUAUGUCUUCUCUCUCUAUCAACUCUCAUCUCUCUCCCAACAUUUCCGUCGUCUCUCUCUAUUGACUCCCAUCUCCUCUCUCUCUCCUUACUUUUUUAUUCUCUUUCUAAAAUCACAGCUUCCCCCAUUCUCUCUCUCUCUCUCUACACCAACCCUUCUUUGACAAACAACUCUAGCGUUGAGCGCGGCAUCGGAGUGGAUGCACAGAUCUGUCUCUUAGCCUAAGUGGAUGCGCUAGGAUGGUCACAUCGUCGGUGGAGUUGAGGCGCAGCGAUACGGACUAAACUCUUCUCCAGCGUUUCGGAUCACGGCAGUGAUUUGGACUUUUUGUGUGGUUUUAUAGAUCGUAUGAUUUUUUGGUAAAUUUUUCAACAUGUUUUGUUGCGAUUUUUGAGAUGGUUAUUGUAUAGGCUGUGAUAGUGUGCUGUGGUGAUGGUGAUGGCUUGUUUGUGGGUUUUGGUGGGGAUGGUGGUUGGGUGCGGUUUAAAUGGAGAGAGGAGAUGAUGGUGGUGGUGGUGUUUUGUGGGUGGUGCGGUGGUGGUGUGUUGUGGUGGUGGCAACGGGCGGCUAUCAAGGUGGAGGUGUUGAAACAAGUACAAAAGACUGGUCUUUACAAGCAUGUGAUGGAUAUUUUAUCUUCAAAAAAAUCUUCCUGCCAAAUCAAACAAACUGUUGGUGUCCGAGAUAGUUCGCCUCACAUUGCAUCAAGUGUUUGCUGUCAAGGGGCUGGAUUUUUUACUGGGAAAUUGGGCUUGGCGGACAGGUUUUGCUGUAGGGAGAGCAAAUUAUUAUACUGGUCGCGAUGAGUGCAUAUUUGUUUGUGGUGACCCCAUGUGACCAAAUUUGAGUUUGUUGUGACUAUUUGUGACCAAUUUUGACCGGUUGUAACAUGAUAUUGACCUUAUCAUAGAUAGUCACACUGAAUGUAAUUUUGGUUUAGUCACACCGAAAUUAGAGUUGGUCAUUGUUAAUCACAGAUAACAUGGGUUAGUGAA